CUUUAACACGGAAAUAAGUAAACUGAAAACGAAACGAGUUGAAAGGGGGCACCCAUAGCCAGUUGGAAAAUUUAGUCUUGCCUUCUUCCUAAGAGAAGAAUUUUGCUGCUAUUUGUCUGACAAGGAGACAUUUACAGCAUUUGCAAAGGUUUGUACCCAGCAUUUAGUCAUUUGACUUUACCGACGAGCGACAACUGAACAACAUAGCAAGCUCAAAGGAAACAAAAUCGAAGAAAAGGUUAACUUUCUUUACGACUGGAUUUUCUAAAUAUUAAUAACCGUUCUUAUAUUCUUUGCACACAGUUUAGCAGAUGUUCAUUGAAGCUAUGGACCACAGCCAUGGGGCCUACCUUAAAACUUUCAUGUUAGCCUUCGAUACCAUAAAGCAACUCGUCGCCAAGUAUUUAUCUGUUCGACGUUGCCAACACUUGAGUGCAUAAAGACACUGCUAUAACCUGAGUGCGUGUGGAAAAAAACAGUGUGAUCCACAAAAUUCGUCUUCAGAAAUGGGUCAGUAGUUUAAACUUCAGCCAUUACGCAUUUGCGAGUUAAAAGUUAUGAAUAAACUGUUAGUUCCGCGUAAACAAAUUUAUUAGAAAGGGUUACCGUUUGGAAACGAAAUUUUUAUGUUCAUGUCUCUAUGCUUGGCGAUGCUACAUAAACGCUGCUGCAUAUUGCCCUAACAGCGGUGCAAAUUCCUCUCGCUCUGCUCUAUAUUCUACAUUUUGAUAACAUGCAGAGGAGAUAUUUUUUAUCUUUAAACUGAUUAGCUUCUGUAUAGACAAUAUGCAAGGUAUCUAAAAUUCUAGUCAUUACAGUGUGUUGUUUCUUUAAGUACUCAAAAACGUUAAUACAAUUUUUCAGCGAUAUUGCUUGAAGUGACAGUGAAUUUAUAAUGCUGUGGGCGUCGUUGUCAUGAGAUAUUAUUAUGGUAGAUAUCGUAUAUUUGUCUGUUUUGAUCAAGACAAAUUUAUUUACCUAACCGUGAUAACAUGAAGAUAAAGACUUCAAAUACAUCCAACUCUCACUUAGUAACUCAAAGAUGAUCUAAAAACCGUAAUUUAUAUCGUGGUAGUUCGAUAAGUAGUUCGCCUUUGAAGCCUCUUAAGUCAUGAAACGUAUAAAAACAUGGCGGCUUCUGAAGGAAACGUUUCGGGCUAUCUUAGGGUCAAUUGAAGAAAGCAAGAGCCGUUUUAUAGAAUGGAAAAUAUCCGUCACUGACGGCUUUGACUCUGAAAUUAUCUCGUCUUCGAAUCUAGUUAUGGUUAGUUAGACGAGCGAAGGAUGAUCAUUUGAAUCAUGGUUUUCAUUCAGUAGUUUCGAUUUGACUCGUCGAAACAGGAACUGUCUAUGAAACGGGAAAGUCCCUUUGAAGACGGAAUCGUAAUGAUUAUCGUAUCACGUGCGGAUCACCAAUGCUCUAGACCAUUAAAGACUCGGGUAUCCACGUUUUCUAGCGUGAAGAGAACGUGAUAAUGCUGAACAUAGAUCAGAUUGAUAUUUGCCUCCUUCGAUACCCUUUUUGUGGGUACUGUUCAAAACGUUUUGAAACUUCUAUAUUUGGUCAUAUUUCUUUUAAAACCCAAAUGUGUUUUUUGAAUUGACGUCAUUCGUCAUUGAGAAGCACUUGGGGAGAAUUAAUUCUUACAGUUCUCAAACUUCAUGCCAAAACCAAUUACUACUGAAAACAGGAAAUGCUAAAGUGAAAAUACAAAAUAAAUUUAUAACCGAUGGGCUCCUCCAGGGGCCGUUCUUUUCUCCUGUUACAUAACAAGCUUCCUCUUGUGUUGCGUGACAAGCCGAAACAAUGACAUAAACAUUGAAUUUUAAGUAACUUGUUAUGUGUUGCCCAAACUGUUAUUCUAACACCUUUCUGUGGUAUUUUUUCUUCUUGACUAUGAGAAACUCCUGCCCAAGGUAACAUAUUUGCCGGAUAGAUUGAAAUGUUUCAAUAUUUAAUGUCUGGCUCAUUUGAUCAUAUUAAUGUGAUAAAAUUGCGCACUAUUAGUAUUCAGGCUGUUAUUAUUAUUAUAUCAUGUUUAAGGCUCUAACAUAAGCUCAUUGUAAUACUAUCAGAUUUCUUUACGAAUAAUAACACGCUCGAACCAAAUGUUGUGAUGAAUGAGAGCAUUAUUCAUGAGCACCAGCUGCCCAAGUUGAUAGGACCGGAAAAGUGGAGAGAUUUGGCACGAAUGCUACACUUCAGCCAAAAUGACAUUGACAUUAUCAGCGAAAGAAACAAUUGCCCCAAGGAGUGUUGUAUCGCUGUCAUCGUGAAAUGGAUCCAUCGAAGGGGACAGGACGCUACUGUUGGAAAGCUUGCAGAUGCCCUGACUAAGAUAGAACUUAAGAACGUGGCUGAUAUAUUACUGGGUAGGUAAAAUAGUUUCGAUCAUUUGCUUAUUGUACAGUAUUUUCAAGAGAAGAAGCACCAAAUAGUGUCUUAGUUCUAUCUAUUUAUCUAUUUUCGUCAAAACGGCAUAGCGUAGUUGACAAAUUAGCUGGCAUAAUUAUGUUUUUUUGAUGAUAUUUACUGCCCAGGGUAUUGCUGGAAAUUUGAAGCCAGGUCAAAUAUUUUAAAGAAUUCUUGGAAAAUCUCUUUAAAAUCCCCAACGUGACUGUGCCUUUUUUUUUAGUAGAGAGAAUUUCUUUGAAUUUAACCUCAGAAAUCCAGCUCCUUUCCAGUGCAUACAUUUGCAUGAAAUGAGGGCAGACUCUGGGAAGUAUUGUGUAAACACUCGACCUCUGAAAUUUACAAAUAGCUUCCGUCCUCUCUGGUGAUGUUUUUUAACAAGUGUGCAGCUAAAUGCGCUGAAAAUAAAUGGGGUACCUUAAGAUUAAAACCACAGUACUUGUGUCCGAAAACCAGAUAGGAUUUUUCGAUCGUUUUUCUCUUCAAGGCUCUUUAUCUCUUACUUAUGAUAAGUUCAAACAUGUACAAAAACCAUGAUACAAAUUUUAAAAUGGUUUGUUUAAGGUCCAAUCAAUGGUAAAAAAACCAUCUCCAUUGAAGUUAGAGGAACUAUUGAGGUAGACAACACAAACCAGGUUAGUUCGUUAUUCUGCACAAUUGAACAUUGGUUUCUGAAUUGUUCUGUCAUAUGUAAACUUCGUAAUGGGCCACCCUCACCACGGAGUCUCUGUGGCUCAGUGGUAGAGCAUCAGAACGCGGAAUCCAAAGGUCUGAAGGUCAAUUCCUUAUGGGGAAUCAGAAUUUUUUCUUUGUCCCACGCUCGUGAAAAGACGAAAAGUAUCUUUCUCUGUUCUGAAAUGUUCCAAAAAGCCAUUGUUUGGUUUAUUAACUGUACACUUUUUUCUUCCCUGAAUUAGAUCAUAUUGGGCAACGACAGUACUGGGAGGUCAACGUUCGUUGUGUGGGAGACCAAAAAAAAAGAAUUUCAUACAUCUUUGAAGGUAAUUAUUAAUAUGGAGGCAGACGAAAGCCCAUGGAAACAAAAACAUUUAUGGCAAGCAAAAUUGGCAACUGCCUAUUUCAACCCCUUCCUAUGGUAAUACUUUCUGAAACAAUGUAAAGUAAAUCGAGGCAAAACGGCAUCAUAAUCAUUUGAGAUCGGAAUUAAACGUUCUCUUUUUUUUUCUGCAAGAAGUGGGUAAUGAUAACGAGAAUUUAAAAUGCCAUUGCCGCUAAACUUGACUUUGUAAGUUGUCUUCCAUUUAUUUUGUAGUGGCCCUACAAUCUUGUGAGAGAGUUGCGUGAGUUUGCUUCUUAUAAAAUUGACAUUUUAAGCAAUAUUUUUCUUGAUGUGAAUUACCCGUAGGGAAUUUAAAUGCAUGUAUGAUGUAAAUGCAUAUGACUUUCAACUCUCCUUUCAGGAAAUCAUAGACUACAUAGGUGCCAUCGACCAGUUUGUAGGAAAUACACACAAGCAAACAAAACAAGUCGUGGUUGAAGAUGUUACCUGCAAAGUUAACCAAAUUUCCGAGAACAUAGUAAAACUUCAAAAAACGCUUUCAGACAUAAAAUCCAGUUUGGAAAUGCCUGAAUUAAAAGGAGAAACCUUCUCAACGCAAAGAAAGCUGGAGUUAAUCGGCAUACAGAGCGGAACAUUAGAGGAAGUGUACACUAAAAUAACAAGAAUGGCAGGCCAAGCUUGCGCAUGUGACGAGUUCGCCAGAAGACAGUUCUAUGACUUUACAUUUCACAACUUAAAAGCCGUACAUAAUGAUCUGAACGCUGUUGUUGCCGACCUGAAGUCAACGGACACACAAUUCACAAAGGAAGAAAAUGAGAAGCUUCAAAUUCUGCUGGCAGACCAAAAACGAAGAGAAAAACAGGUUGAGCAGCUGGAAGCAACGCGGACGCAGCUAUUCUCCUCCGUAUGUAAAUUUACUUGCAUGCUUCAUGUUGUUUUAUUGUUUGUUUGGUUUUUUUUUGCAUGCUUUUGGCUAAGAGCCAUUCUUUCUCCAUGCCAUGUUAAAAAUUUUCUUAGCGUGGUUACAGUCAGAAAAAUAUAAGCUAUUUCGAGCCCACAUCUAGAAUCUUGCUGGCUUGUGUUAUGGAAGAAGCGGAAAAUGUCAUAGCCAGAUAUCCAACGGUGAAAUAUGAGGUAUUUUCAAAGCAUUCCAAUAUUUCUAAUAGAAGAGAAAAAACUGGUUAAAACGGUGAGGAGUCAGAUGUAGGUGCGGGGAUUAAGAAUAUUGAGGAGAUCUUUACUUACUCUUAGGUAUUAACCUACUCUUAUUUUUGUUUUACUUGCAGGCUGAAAAAGAACUGAAGAUAUCUCGAUAUUCAACACCAAGGAGACGAAAGCCAGCGCCACCUAUUCCAAUGCAGGUAAACUUAAGAAAAAAUAAAAGUUCUAUAUGUUUUCAGCAGAGGUUUAUAUAUAUGCACAUUGAGUUCUUCUCUAAAACUUAUUUUCAUACCUUAAUGGCCGAAUUUUCUUUGGAAGGAUGUAUGUGAAGUAAACUUUUGAGAAAGAGAUUGAUGGGAGGGCUUAAGGGAACCACGACAACUGGGCAGGUUUAUGAAAAAGACCGGUUGAAAUUUAAGUUUUCGAUGAAUUACCUUGAGGUAAACGUCUUUCAUGAUUUCGAAAUGUUUUCUUUCAGAUACCAAGGGCAGAUACAGAGAGGGAGUGGCCGAAGAAAUCCACCAAGGUUUGAUCUAGCUUUAUCUCACAACGCUCGCUUUCUACAAACACACCGUUACCGUAUAGAGAAAGUUUUCCUCGUGCUCUCAUGAUUAAAAUAAUUUUUUUAUUGAUGCCUUCAAUGGACGCCUUGGACUUUUCCUAGUCUUCUAUUUAUUUUGUAACGGCCCAGCAAUAUUUUAGAAGAGUUACGUGAAUUUGAUUCUUAUAAACUUGAAAUUUUAGGCAAUAUUUUCUUGAUGUAAAUUACCCUCAGAGAUUUUAAAUGCAUGUAUCAGGAUGAGAAUGCAUACGACUUUUAACUGUCUUUGCAGGUAAUCAAAUACUCUAUAACUACUACCGACAAGUUCGUACGGAAUACACCCAAGCAAACAGAACAAGUCGUGGUUGAAGAUGUUACCUGCAAAGUUAACCAAAUUUCCGAGAACAUAGUAAAACUUCAAAAAACGCUUUUAGACAUAAAAUCCAGUUUGGAAAUGCCUGAAUUAAAAGGAGAAACCUUCUCAACGCAAAGAAAGCUGGAGUUAAUCGGCAUACAGAGCGGAACAUUAGAGGAAGUGUACACUAAAAUAACAAGAAUGGCAGGCCAAGCUUGCGCAUGUGACGAGUUCGCCAGAAGACAGUUCUAUGACUUUACAUUUCACAACUUAAAAGCCGUACAUAAUGAUCUGAACGCUGUUGUUGCCGACCUGAAGUCAACGGACACACAAUUCACAAAGGAAGAAAAUGAGAAGCUUCAAAUUCUGCUGGCAGACCAAAAACGAAGAGAAAAACAGGUUGAGCAGCUGGAAGCAACGCGGACGCAGCUAUUCUCCUCCGUAUGUAAAUUUACUUGCAUGCUUCAUGUUGUUUUAUUGUUUGUUUGGUUUUUUUUUUUGCAUGCUUUUGGCUAAGAGCCAUUCUUUCUCCAUGCCAUGUUAAAUUUUUUUCUUAGCGUGGUUACAGUCAGAAAAAUAUAAGCUAUUUCGAGCCCACAUCUAGAAUCUUGCUGGCUUGUGUUAUGGAAGAAGCGGGAAAUGUCAUAGCCAGAUAUCCAACGGUGAAAUGUGAAGUAUUUUCAAAGCACUCCAAUAUUUCUACUAAAAGAGAAAAGACUGGUUAAAACGGUGAGGAGUCAGAUGUAGGUGCGGGGAUUAAGAAUAUUGAGGAGAUCUUUACUUACUCUUAGGUAUUAACCUACUCUUAUUUUUGUUUUACUUGCAGGCUGAGGAAGAACAGAGGAUAUCUCGAUAUUCAACAUCAGGGAGACGAAAGUCAGCACCACCUCUUUCAAUGCAGGUAAACUUAAGAAAAUAUAAAAGUUCUAUAUGUUUUCAGCAAAGGUUUAUGUAUGUGCACAUCGUGUUCUUCUCCACAACUUAUUUUCAUACCUUAAUGGCCGAAUUUUCUUUGGAAGGAAAUUGUGAGAUCGCUAUAGGAUGCAUGUGAAGUAAACUUUUGAGAAAGAGAUUGAUGGAAGGGCUUAAGGGAACCACGACAACUGGGCAGGUUUAUGAAAAAGACCGGUUGAAAUUUAAGUUUUCGAUGAAUUACCUUGAGGUAAACGUCUUUCAUGAUUUCGAAAUGUUUUCUUUCAGAUACCAAGGGCAGAUACAGAGAGGGAGUUGCCGAGGAAAUCCACGAAGGUUUGGUCUAGCUUUAUCUCACAACGCUCACUUUCUUCAAACAAACCGUUACCGUAUAGAGAAAGUUUUCCUCGUGCUCUCAUGAUUAGAAUAAUUUUUUUAUUGAUGCCUUCAAUGGACGCCUUGGAAUUUCCUAGUCUUCUAUUUAUUUUGUAACGGCCCAGCAAUAUUUUUGAAGAGUUUCGUACGAAAUACACCCAAGCAAAUAGAACAAGUCGUGGUUGAAGAUCUUACCUGCAAAGUUAACCAAAUUUCCGAGAACAUAGUAAAACUUCAAAAAACUUACAUGCUUCAUGUUUUAUCGUUUGUUUUUUUGUAUGCUUUUGGCUAAGAGCUAUUCUUUCUUUGUGGUUACAGUCAGAAAAAUAUGAGCUAUUUCGAGCCCACAUCUAGAAUCUUGCUGGCGGAAGCGGAAAAUGUCAUAGCCAGAUAUCCAACGUUGAAAUGUGAAGUAUUUUCUAAGCACUCCAAUAUUUUGAUUGCAGGCUGAGGAAGAACAGAAGAUAUCUCGAUAUUCAACACCAGGGAGACGAAAGUCAGCGCCACCUAUUCCAAUGCAGGUAAACUUAAGAAAAUAUAAAAGUUCUACAUAUAUGUUUUCAGCAAAGGUUUAUAUAUAUGCACAUCGUGUUCUUCUUUAGGACUUGUUUUUAUAUCUUAAUGGCCACCUUUUCUUUCAAGGGGAUUGUGAGAUCAUGUGAAGUAAACUUUUGAGAAAGAUAUUGAUGGGAGGGCUUAAGGGAACCACGACAACUAGACAGGUUCAUUUCCUUUAUUCUCAUGACCUUACUGUGUGAUGUAGUGUUCAUAUUGUUGGGAGAAAUUAGAUGUUAGUCACUAUCAGGGGUUAAAGGGAUAAGCAUCAGCGUCCUGCAUAAGCCAUACGGCAUAUGGUUCCUGAUAAAAUAUUUUUUGGCUGACCUAGUUAACGAAAUUGGAAGACCGGUUAGACUCAUGAUCAACUAGUCUUGUAAUGGGUUAUAAUUGUCAUUUUUCUGUCGCAGAUUAAACGGACUCAAACAUAGAGUCUUUUGUAGAAGCAAGAGGAAUAGCAGUGAAAUACCUGCAGUGAAGAGCAGUGAAAAUAUGUGCAAUCUUGUUUCCUAUUCCCAAAAGGCUCUGAAGGAUUCUUGACUCUAAGGAAGGUCUUAAGUAAAAAGUUGAAGGUCACAUGUUGUUAUGUAGUAUUCUAUCGACACCAUAUACACUUGUUGUGCCCGACGAAAAGCAUAUUUCAUGUCUAGAAAAGUCUCUCUAGGACUUUAUUGACAUACGUAGUUAAAGGAAAAAAGAGGGACUCAGUUAUGCAAAACGGAGUAUCGACCAUCUUUGCCAAAUGGGCUAUUUCUGUUAUGUUUCUAAUUUGGUGGUUAAGCAUGCAAGGUCCUCAAGCUUCCCAAGAGGAAACAAGCCAUAAAAAUUCAUCCUUUUAUAGUAUGUUGGGAAGAAUGACCAACAUAGUAUAAGUGUGUUGAUUUGUUGCUCAUUUUUGUCCUAUAACUAAAGACAUCUAAAGAGACAGGCUAAAAGCAAGAAGGCGCUGUGAUCUUUUGAGGCAAAAUUUUAAGUUCGAGAAAGCCGCAGUAGAAAAGGGUGAAUAAAAAUUUACAUAAAAGUUUACAUAAUCGUGACGUGUAGAAUAAUAACUUGAAGAUUAGUAAAAAUAGAAUAAAUGAUUAGUAGGGUCAAAGGCUUCAGGCCUGGAGAUUGUCAACAUUAUUCAAACUAAGCCAUUUCAUUUAAAACAAUCAUUUUUUACAAAAUUAAGUUUUAGAUACUGUUGCAAGUAUCUUAUCGUACAAUCAUACCUAAAACACUGCACAAUUGAUAUGUACAUCAAAGCUUAUAAGGCGUGUGUUACAGGCAAUGAAUUGAUAUAACUAAAUGAACAUAGUGAUAGUGGAAAAUUUAAAAGAAAAAAAAAUCGGAAAUUUAGUAAUAAAAAUAGCUGCUUGGGCAGCUUGCCUUAGCCUUAGUAGUGCUGAAACUUUAGUGUUACGUUCGGAGGUCGAUGAUAGUACUCUUUCGGAGUCUCUUCAGAAGCAUGAGGAUGAGCAAUGAAAAUAGUCUUUUUUUAUAUUCUCAAAGGGUUCUAGUAGACUUUUUACCACUAAUAAUGGUCUUAAGUAAAAAAGCUGAGGGUCAAAAGGCAGGAUACUAGGAUGUUGCAUUUUAUGGACAUAACACAAACUUGUUAUACCAAGUGGAAACAUGUUUCAUGUCCAGAAAAGGCCGUAUAGGACUCGAAGCAUGUAGGUUGUUGAAAGAAAUUAAAUUCAGUUCAGUGUAAGUUUUUCUAUGAAAAACUUGGAUUCUAUCUUUUCCACUAAAUGAGAAAUGUAAGAAUUUUUUUUAUUUUUAGAUUACAGAAGGAGGAAUUCUAAACAUAGCAUUUUCAUGUAUUUUAUUGCUCUUAGGCCUACAGUUAUAAGUAAUUUCAAUUAAAGAAAUUAAGUGUUGGAAAUUAACAAAAAAAGAUGAAAAAAAAAGGCAAAAAUACAAAAAUAAUUUUAAAUUAAAUCUAAACAAGUCUUACUCUUAGCAGAAAUUAAGAUGGAAUUGAACACGUUUGGAGACCUUUGGUAGUACGCCUCCAACUAAGUUAAUUCUGGUUAUAUUAUUAGUUGACAGGUUCUAAAUUGUUCUCAUUAUUAGCUAUGAAUAUGAAUUUGAUUUAGGAAAUCAUUUAUCGCCGGUAGGGG